AUGACGUCUUACGGGCUCCUUGAUCAGGCGGACGAAGAUGCCCUCCACAAGUCGCGUCUCUUGAACGUCGAGGAAAAGCCUUUCAAGCGCAUCUCUAAGCGCCUUCUGAAUCCCGAUUCGAUCGUUAUCUCAAACGCGACUUUCUUUCCCACUCCUCCGCCUGAGGGAACCGACGAAGAGGCCGCGGCCUCCGCUGAGGCAGAGAAGCAGAAAGGGCUUCAGGAAUGGCGCCAAUUCCGUGAAGAUGUGUCGCUAGACUUUACCGCCUUCGAUGGAAGUAUUGCGCGCAUCCAAUUUUUACUCACUAGCAACGAAAAAGAGCGCGAGCGCUAUGUCGCCGAGAAAGAGCGGAUCCUUUCCACGAUGCAGGCUGUCCGAGAAAACACAACCGAGCUACGCGUUCAACUGGAAGAGGCACAACGACUUUUGGCGCUGCGAAAAGGCUACGACGAGCUGACGGAAAAGAUUACGAGCAACAGACUCCUAAAACCGCGAGAAGACCAACAGGCGAAUCUACAGAAACUGCAGACGGAGAUUGCGGACUUGGAAAGGCAGAGCAAAGAUUAUGCAGAGACCUGGGCGGAGAGGCGAGAGCAAUUUGGCCGCAUUGUGGAAGAAGGGAUGCAGCUUCGACGACUCAUCCGAGACGAAAAGGAGGAGGUUGAACGCCGCGAGGGUAUGCAAGAAGACGAAGAUGGAGAUGACGGUGAAGUCUCGAAAGGAAAACUGAGUGGCGCCAACACACCUCGACCCGACCACGACAGCACGACUCCUUCGCAAGGCCAAGAUGAGGCAGGUCGCUCGCCUGUUGCCAUACACGCAGACAAAGUGACUCCAGGCGCUGCAACGCCAUUACGGCAAGUUACUAUGGCUGGAGAAGAGAAGGGUAAUGCUGAACAGGAGGAUUCAGCAAUGGUGGACGAGGGUGAGGUGACAGGGGAUGAGGGAGAGCGGCAUGAUGACUUAGAAGAAGGGGAAGAGCAAGACGAUCGUGCCGCCGACAGGAUGGAUACAACAUAG